UGUCGCUGUGAUCCUGUGGCCGAUCUUCAUGUGUCAUCAUCAAACACACAAGAGGAAGUAUGAAUAUUCCACAUAAUUCUCAAAAGUGUCACCUCAUGGAUUUCUGUAGAGAAGAAUGAAGCAUUUGCACAGUGUCAUCAUAUGAGAGUGAUCACAUGUGCUGACCUCUCGCUGACCCUGAGAAUGACCGAUGGUUUCAGGGUCACGCCCUCUGCCCUCUGAUUGGCUGUCAGCUGUUGAUUGACAUCCUGCUGUUUCUGUUCACUGGUUUCUUAGCUGUCAUUAUCAAACUGCAUCUCAUUUCUGUUCCUGUUUAUUUCCUCUUUAUGUGCCUGAUGCGUCGUCACACACGCUCAGAUCCGGUCUGAUCCACAGCAGACUGGUUCUGAUGUAGCGGUGUCUAGCUUGUGGAGCUCCUGGGGUUCAUGGGGCGAGUGUUCACGAUCCUGCGGUAGAGGUGUUCAGGAACGGAUCAGAGUCUGUCUGCCGCUCUACAGCCUUCAGUCUCCGGUCAAUCCCGGCGGACACAUGGACUCAAAGCCGUCAACACAAGGCCAGCAGAGACGGCUGAGUGUCAGCAGACAUGGAUGGAGAAAAGCAAACAGUAGCCGCGUCAGUCCAGGGACGUACGGAUACGGCAGGAUUUCAUACGUAACACCUCUACAGAAAGAUUCCAGCCGAACAUCCCAGAACAAACAGAGACGAUCGGCAUCAAACUUCCCACACCAGAGUUACAGGACGCAUGGUAGAAACGGCCAUCAAAACAGUCGCUAUCACACAACGGCAGUGCAGGUCAGACCGUACAGCCCACUGCCGAACACCUCCUGCCCCGGAGCGCCAAACCAGCACAAGAUCUGCAACACUAUGGCCUGUCCAUCAUCCAGCAGACCAAUCAGAGAAGUGCAGUGCUCCUCGUUCAACACACAGCCCUUCAUGGGGAGAUUUUACCAAUGGGAACCUUUUAAUGAUGUUUCCAGUGAGCAGCGCUGUGAGCUCAACUGCCGUGCCAUCGGCUUCAGAUUCUACGUCCGUCAGGCGGACCGAGUCAUCGAUGGAACUCCGUGUGGACAGAACCAGACGUCCGUGUGUGUGGCGGGAAAGUGUCAGAGCGCCGGCUGCGAUGACCUCUUGGGUUCUGGAAAGGUGCCUGAUAAAUGCGGCGUGUGCGGAGGGGACAACAGCGCAUGUAAGCUCGUCUCGGGCCUGUUUCAACACAGCCUGUCCAAAGUAGGCUACCACAAGAUCGUGGAGAUUCCGCCAGGAGCCACAAAAAUAAACGUCACGGAGAUGGUGAAGAGCAGGAACUAUCUGGCUCUGCUCAGUCGGUCUGGCCGAUCCAUUAUUAAUGGAAACUGGGCCAUCGACCGUCCAGGAAUGUAUGAGGGAGUGGGAACAAUGUUCACGUACCGACGGCCCAAUGAGAUCAGCAGCACCGCGGGAGAGUCUUUCCUGGCCGAGGGGCCGACCAAUGAAAUCCUGGAUGUUUAUAUGAUCUACCAGCAGCCCAAUCCAGGCGUCCAUUAUGAGUUCAUCAUGCCGUCAGAGAACGCUGUCGAUGCUCAGCGUCCUGAAGAGAACCAACUGGACGUAAAUGUUGUGAACGGUCAGACAGAUUCUGAUGCAAACGGCAAGUCGACCCUGGAGGGUCAUGAGGGGUCAGGGGUCAAGCAUCCCCCUCCCAUCCCGGAUAAUCAGCUUCCUGCAGCUCCGCCUUCGACCAGAUUCAGAGAGUAUAACUGGAAGCUCAGCGGCAGCACAGACUGCAGCGCCUCCUGUGGCAAAGGUAGCAGAUACUCAGUGUUCGUCUGCGUCCAUCGGGUCACUCACGCACACGUGCCGACCGGUCUGUGCGACAGCAGCACCAAACCCAGCGCCCAGGAGGAGCCGUGCAACGUCCAGCCCUGUCCUGCUUUCUGGGACAUCGGCGAGUGGUCCGAGUGCAGUAAGAUGUGUGGUUUGGGGCUGCAGCAUCGUCAGGUCCUGUGUCGUCAGGCGUACGCCAACCGCACGUUAAACGUGCACAUCAGCCGGUGCCAGCACCUGGAGCAGCCUGAGACCAGCAGCACCUGCCAGCUGAAGAUCUGCAGCGAGUGGCAGAUUCGCUCGGAGUGGAGUCCCUGCUCUGUGCCGUGCGGCGUGGGUCAGAGGUCACGUGAGGUGCACUGUGUCAGUAAUGUUGGUGAUAUCGUGGAAGAUGAGGAGUGCAACAUGAAACUCCGUCCCAGCGACAUGGAGAACUGCGACGCGGGUCCGUGUACCAAGAGCUGGUUCUUCAGCGAGUGGAGCGCUCAGUGCUCUGCGGACUGCGGCAUGGGUGUGCGGACGCGCGGCGUUCUGUGUCUCAGCAAUCACAUCAGCAGUCUGCCUCUGGAGGGCUGCGGGUCCGAGCGGCCGGCCGAGGCUCAGCCCUGCAACAACGGCCCCUGUGAGAGCCGCACCGAGUGGUUCACCGGCCCCUGGAGUCAGUGCUCGGCGGAGUGCGGCACCGGCAGCCAGCAGAGGGCAGUAGUGUGUCUGAUGAGGUCUGAUGAGGGUUUUGCGGUGAUGCCGGCGUACGAGUGUUCGUCUCUGGACCGUCCGCUCAGCCAGCAGAGCUGCUUCAUCAAGGCCUGCGGAGCGAAGUGGUUCCACACGGACUGGAGCGCGUGCUCCAAGACGUGUGAGGCCGGCUACCGUGUGCGAGAGGUGCGCUGUCUCUCUGAUGAUCACAUGACCACCAGCGAGCGCUGUGAGGAAACGCUGAAGCCGCACGAGAGGGAGGAGUGUAACCCUGAGCCCUGCCUCCCUCUGAUUGAUGAAAAGUGUCGUGAUAAAUACUUCAACUGUAACGUGGUGGUCCAGGCGCGUCUCUGCGUGUACGACUACUAUCAGACGGCGUGUUGCGUGUCCUGCAGGCGUGUGGCGCACCGGAGCUCCGGACGCUGGAGACGCCGAUCCUGAGGACAUCCGUCCAUCUGAACCGGAACGAGGGAGAAACGGACUAACCGCUCGUCACUAAUUCUGUUUGGAUGGGAAAUGCAUCUGUGGCCUCGUCGUGGUUCUUCAGCGGGAACCAAACACACAUGUGGCAUAAACAGACCAUCUGAAACUCUAAAGACGCUCGACGGGAUCAGUGUCACGAACUGUACGGAGAUCAGUGAGUACACCGAACACGAGAAACUGCGCUGCGAACGAGACGAGAACGAGAUUCUCCAGCACCAUCACUGUAUUAGUUCUGUUCACACUGCGUCAGUUUAAUGUGGAUUCAGUCCUGAAUCAUUCUGUGUGUUUGUCGCCGAAUGAAGCGGCGUGAACGUGUUCAGCUCACUGUAAAACUGGAACACAACAGUCAGGGAACGUUCUCUCAACGUUAUGGACAAACGUUCUUCCAGUAACGUUAAUAGAACGUUUGUUCAAAGUUAUCUGGUCUCACAUAAUGUUCUCAAAACGUUAGCACAAAAACAUUAGUUAUACAUCGUUCACGUUUCCUAACCUAAAAAUAAUGUAUUUACAAAAUAUGAUUCACAAAUGUAUAAGCUAAUUCACAUUCACAAACAAUAUAUUUGCAAAACUGAAAUCAAUCUCAUUCAUGUUCACAAAAUAAGAUUCAGAAAUUUUGAAAUUUUGUUUUCAUAUCGUCAUAUCAUGAUGGGUUUGUGUCUGUUUUGAGACUUUCCUGUCAGACGCCGUGAUUUUCUCUUUAGCCAAUCAGAUGUGGGUUUUUCAUCCAGCCAGCCAAUCAUAAUACACCUUUACUCAGUGCUUUGAGUCAAGAAGCAAAAUGUGGCUUGAUUAAUUUUGAGACUAUUUUAUCUCCAUAAUAACGACACAAAUGAGAAGAGUCACAUGCAGUCACAUGUAUAUUUUUAUUGUACUCGCGUGUAUUUAUAUUUUGAACACAUUCAGUUUUUGUAGUUUUGAAACAGAUUUGUCGACAUCUUCAUACUCAUUCAGAUCCGUUGAGCUGUAUCUUUUUACUCUUUAUAAAGUGAUUAAAAUCUAAAGUUGAAUUCUGA